CCUUGCGCGUCUCUUCUCCAGUACACGCGUUUUCUGUGGAAGCGGGAAGUGAAGCGCAAUAGCCCUUAGACAAGCAAUGGUCAUUAAUGCCGUGUAGACAAGUUUGGUUACUGUCAUGUCAAACCCUCAUUUUAGUUGCAGAGAAUAACACGAUCAGCGUCGAGGCAGAUCUCCGCAACAGAUCAGUGAAUGCAUGCCUUUGUAGCGGACGGCACUCACGAUCUCGAAGAAACACCGUCCUUAGAGUUUGAGUUGUUGCCAUAUCAGUGGAGUUCUUCUCUCGAAACACCACACAAAAUGGACAAGCUACUUGUUUGAAUGUUCUGCGGAAUCUUCCACUGCGCUGCCCUUUAAUUAUGGAAAGCUGACAGCAAGAAAGACAGAAGAGAAAAAAAAAAAAAAAAAAAGCAAACAUCUACCCUGAAUCUACAAGACAUUGUCAAAUAAAGCACAGUUUCAGCAAGCCGCUAUCGUCCGCAGCCAUGGCAGCCUACGGACAGACGCAGUACAGUCCUGCUCUCCAACCUGCUGGGCCAUACUCACCAUAUACGCACCAUACCCAGGGCUACGGCAUGCCUUCCUACAACAUUAAAACAGAAGAUGGCAUGAGCCACUCCCCAGCACAGAACAGUCUGCUGGGCUACACGUCCAACUUCAGCAACACACCUCAAAGUCAGGCGCUGUACAGCUACUCAACACACGGAAGCAGUAUUUCUUCUGGAAUUUUCCAGGGAACCAACGCAAUCACAGGUUCAACGCCGUUCAGUCCAACCCAGCAGGACUUCUCAGCGUACACCACGUACAGCCAAAGCCAGUACUCCCCGUACUACAACACACACUACAACAGCCCGUACCUCACAGCCAGCAACAUCAGCCCCACAGCCCUCACCACGGCUUUACCCUAUCAGCAUACAGAGCACCCAGUCGUGACCAAUCACAGUCCAGAGUCACACACGGGGGAGUACCAUCCCCCACCCAGCCCCCCAACCCCAGUAAAGGAUCAUGAGGGGGUUCCUGCCAGACGGAAUUCAGACGGGAAACUGAGGGGCAGAAAGCGGGCCAGUGACCCCGCGCCCCACCCCGACUCAGAUAUCGAGAGGGUGUUUAUCUGGGAUCUGGAUGAGACCAUCAUCAUUUUCCACUCUCUUCUGACUGGGACGUUCUCCACACGAUUUGGCAAGGACUCUGCCAAGGCUGUUUCACUCGGCUUGUGGAUGGAGGAGAUGAUCUUUAACCUGGCUGAUUCUCGACUCUUCUUUAAUGACCUAGAGGAAUGUGACCAGGUUCAUAUCGAUGAUGUGGCUUCAGACGACAAUGGGCAGGAUCUGAGCACGUAUAACUUUGGCACAGAUGGCUUCCAGAGCACGACGGGCGGGGGCACGCUUUGCCUGGGCUCAGGUGUGCACGGCGGGGUCGACUGGAUGAGGAAGCUGGCCUUCCGCUACCGGCGCGUCAAGGAGAUCUACAACACCUACAAGAACAAUGUGGGAGGAUUAUUGGGAAGUCCUAAACGGGAUGAAUGGCUCCAGCUGCGACGGGAGAUGGAGGUUCUGACCGACCUGUGGCUCACCCAGGCCCUGAAGGCUCUCGCCCUCAUCAACUCCAGGCCCAACUGUGUGAAUGUAUUGGUCACCACUACACAACUCAUUCCAGCCCUGUCUAAGGUCCUGCUAUACGGCCUGGGUUCUGCCUUUCCCAUAGAGAACAUCUACAGUGCCACCAAAACAGGUAAAUGCAAAGAAAGCUGUUUCGAGCGCAUUACUCAACGGUUCGGUCGGCGUGCGGUGUAUGUGGUCGUAGGGGACGGAGUUGAGGAGGAGUCUGUGGCUAAGAAGAAGAAUAUGCCUUUCUGGAGGGUGACAUGCCGAGCGGAUCUGGAGGCCCUAAGUCAUGCACUGGAGCUGGACUACCUCUAGGGGGCAGCAACUGUCACUCACCCUGCCCCUAGGCCUACUCCAUAUCCCUCUGAACUGCAGCGAACCAACAUGGAUGUGGCCAGGCAACAUCAAUCAUGAUCCAAAGCCAAGAAUAUGGGACCAAUCUUUAUCUCAGCAGGGAGUUGCAAUAUUACUGGAAAUGUAUUUGUUUCAGUUCGGUCCAAGAAAAAUACCCUCUUCUCCCUCACAUAGACGUUGCUUUUUUUCUUUCCCUUUUUUUUGACUGCAGCACAUUGCACUGAAAAAAAACAGCCCUUCUCAGAUCUUUCAGUUCAUGGUUGGCGGUUAGAGUGUCACAUAGCAUGUUUACUCUUUUUUCUAAUAAAAUUCGAAGAGAGAAUAACCAGAAAGUAAAACAAACAAGAAACUGACUGUAAGCUAUUGUUUAUAUUAUUAGACAACCCCAUUAGAGGACAUGAUUUGUUAGAAAUAUUACAUGAAUACAUAGAGAAUUACUUUAUUAGGGGAAAAAAACACAGAAGUCUUGGAUGCCAGUUACCUAGAUUAAAAAACUGAAGAGAGUGAUUUGGAUAUCUAUGAGAUUUUAUAGAAUCUUCUCCAUGUAAAUCAAUCAAAUAAAGGGAUGUAUAUAGAGUAGCCAUUUUAAUGUAUUUAAAUUGAAUUAAGUGUGACAAUCUGCUGGUUACCAGACUAUGUCUCAUCAUACAAUGGUUGACAGAAAAGGGAUGACAAAAUACACAGCUAUACACAGACAACAAUAAAUAGGGAAUACAGUAUCAUUGUAUAAAAGAAAACAUUUGUUGUACUGUGAUAGAUAUGCUAUUAUAUUUAUAAUGAACACAAUCACUAAAACUGAGACUAAGAAAACCAGUAACUGCAUUGGAAAGGGCUAACACUAAACUGAUCCAAUUUAUACAGCUUGCAUUUACGGACCACAUUUCCCUGUGAAGGCCCACAAAAUGUCUGUGUGACACCAAUGUUAUAAUAAUCUUUUUUAUAAUUACAAAAAUAAUUGAAAUGUCAUCAACACAACCACAGACUAUCACUAUACUUAUUUUUACGACCAUAACAGAACCUGUCAAUUUUACAAGACAGGCCUCAUCAACUGUUUGAUUAUUUCAGAAAAGAAAGUUUUUUUGAUGUAUAUUUCUUGUAUUGUUCCUUUUGUUUUCUCCUAAGUGAAAGUUUAAAUAUAACCUGUGUGUUAUUAAAUGGUAUGGUCGUCUCUGGAUUUGCAUGUGUCCUAUACACAAUCAGCUUAGCUAUAAUUUGUAUAUAAGGUUUUAUUGAUAAUUUGUUCUGAUGAGCAAUUAUUAUAGAAUAAUAAAGAUAAAUUAAGUGUA